AACUACAGUAUUUCAUUCAGAUUGACAUUUUGCAUCUGUAAUGACUUGUGCUCACCAGUCCUGACUGGAGGUCCUAUUUCUGGAACGUACCGUUUGAAGCAGUUUCAUUUCCACUGGGGAGCGAGUAAUGACAGAGGCUCCGAACACACCGUCAACGGCAUCAGGUCCCCCUGUGAGCUUCACCUGGUGCACUGGAACACUAAGUACCCCAGCUUUGGAGAGGCAGCCAGCCAGCCUGAUGGCCUUGCAGUGGUGGGGGUUUUCCUCAAGAUCGGUGCCGCCAACCCCCGGCUUCAGAAGGUUCUGGAUGCCUUUGACAGCAUUAAGACCAAGGGGAAGCAGACCGUCUUUGCUAACUUUGACCCAAAGACCCUCCUGCCUGAUUCUCUGGACUUCUGGACCUAUGACGGCUCUCUGACCACGCCCCCUCUGUUGGAGAGCGUCAGCUGGAUCGUCCUCAAGGAGCCAAUCAGUGUCAGCCGUACAUGAACCAAAACAGAGGUU